AUGGCGACAAUUUUCAUCGAGGAGACAAAGACUUGCCAGGCUUGCACCUGGGGGGUAGCCUACGAGGUCAGCGACUCCCAAAUGGAGGAGUCUCUGCAGUAUCUGAAUGUGAGAGAGGCUGUGCUGGGGGGCUACGUCACCAAGAUGGUGGAGUUCACUCCCAGAGAGAAGUGCCAAGGGUCUUUGCUUGCCCUGGUCUACAUCGCCACCUCUGACAACCCCAUAUACCUUGGGCCUGCCACUCCCACAGAGAUAGCUGCUCAGAUUGCCAUCUGCAGAGGCAACACGGGCCACAACAUAGAGUACCUCCUUCGCCUGGCUGAGUUCAUGAGGCUGUACUGUCCCGAGGUAGAGGAUGACCAUCUCUUCUCCAUAGAGGCAGCCGCGCUGGCUCUGGUCAUCUGAACUACCAGGGCCAGGGAUACUCACAUCAGACCAACGAUACGACCACUCAAUGCUACGACACGCAUACUUGUUAAUAUGAUCAAUGUGAAGAGAGUGCGAGUCACUACGCCUCAUAAAAAGGGUCAACAUGUCAUGAUCACUAGCGGUUCUGGGGGGCAGGGGGGGCCAUUGCCCCUGUGACAACAAUUUUGGACCCCCUUGUGC